AUGACGAACAACGAUUCUGGCAAGGAUAUGAUGAAACCCGUUGAGAAGUUGAAGCAGUUUACUGGGCAGGAAUUUCGCCGAUGGCAGAAAAAGAUGCACUUCUAUCUGACGAAUUUGAAAGUGGUAUAUGUUCUGAGUACCCCAUGCCCUGAGGCCGUUGAGAAUGAAACCCUGGAACAAACUCGCACUCGUUCGAAGUGGGAAAAUUCUGACUACAUCAGUCGCGGUCAUAUUCUUAACGGUAUGUCUGAUUCCUUGUUUGAUGUCUAUCAAAACGUAGAGUCUGCAAAAGCAUUAUGGGAUUCCCUUGAAGCCAAAUACAUGGCAGAAGAUGUGUCUAGUAAGAAAUUUAUUGUCAGUAAUUUUAUUAAUUAUAAGAUGGUAGAUACUAGGCCUGUCAUGGAACAAUAUCAUGAAUUGCAAAGGAUGCUAGGACAGUUGGCACUAUAUGGUAUGAAAAUGGAUGAAUCUAUUUUUUUUUGUAGUGUGAUUGACAAACUGCCCCCCUCUUGGAAAGAUUUUAAAAAUAAUCUGAAACAUAAGAAAGAGGAUAUGAAUAUGGUUCAACUUGGAAGUUGUCUCCAAAUUGAACAAUCCAUACGUGAUAUGGAAAAGGCAUCUGAUGGUGGUACUAAAGCCAUGGCUGGUUCUUCUGUGAACAUGAUGGAGGAGGGUGAAACCUCCAAGGCUGGUAAAGGGAAACAAAAAUCUCAAGUCAAUAACAAUAAAGGGUCUGAUAAGAAACCAAAGUCUGGUAAGGGUAAAGGAAAAGGCAAAAACGAGGCUGGUUCUAGUGGAUCCAAGGAUCCUGAAAAACAAGCAGGAUGA